AACACACGAAUUGAAGUUGAACAAAACCUCAUCUCUUGUCAUCUCCACUCGUCCUUUCAAACUUGAAACCCAGUUUUCUUUUCUCUCUUUUCUUCAGCGAUGUCUUAUACUAAAUCUUGUAUUUCUUAUUCUGCUUUACCCUUCUUCCAACGGAGGGGUCUACCACCUUCUUCUAAUCACACAGGAACAGGAACAUUCAUCCCCCAAUGUUCAAAUGGAAACACCAGUUUUACUUUUACAAGAAAAAGAUUAAGUUCCAAGUUUUCAAAGAAUCACAGUUUCUCUAUUCCUAGGAGUACCACUUCUUCUUCAAACUCUACUGAUGAUGACACUUCUAAUCAGACUAAGAAAACACCAUUUGGAUAUUCAAGGAAAGAUGUUAUAUUAAUUGGACUUGCUGUUACUUUUCUUGGCAUUGGCUUAAAAGCCGGAUUAGAGUAUGUUGGAGUUGAUCCACUACAAGCUGGAAAUGUGGUUCAACUUGUCUUGGUUUUGGGCCUCACAAUUGGAUGGAUCUCAACAUAUAUCUUCAGAGUUUCUAACAAGGAAAUGACAUAUGCGCAGCAGCUUCGCGACUACGAAAGCAAAGUCAUGGAGAAACGGUUAGAGUCCCUGACAGAAGCAGAGCUAGAAGUACUGCUUCAAGAAGUUGAGGAAGAGAAGAGUCGUUAGCUAUAGCUAGUGAUUGAUGAAGAGGUGAAUUGAAGUGGUUUGUUUGUAUAUAAACAAUGAAGUUUUACAGCAGUAAUUAAACAGAAAUGAUAAUCUCUAUAAGGACUAGUUUAGAAAGGUUUCUGCUAUGUUUGCUACAGUUCACUCUCUCAGACAAAAUAUAGAGAAUUCCAAAACUUAGCAAAAUGUAAUAUGCAAGAUUAUUUACAAAACACAAACACAUGUUAAUUCCAUGGAAUUCAUAAAUGAGGAAAUUUUCUUUUGAAAUGAA